GUUGAGGCCGCGCUGCCGCCGGGUCUCCGGCCUUGAGGGCUCGGGCUCGCAGCGGCGGCGGUGGCCGCAGACAGAGGCGGCGGGGGCGGGGGGAGAGGAGGGCCUGGGCCCGCGCUCCCCCAGCCCCAGAGGAGCAGGCGGCGGCCGCGGACGGAGAGGGUCGCCCGGGCGGUCGGACGCCCCUGCGGAACCCGCUUGGGAUCAUGACCCAGGCUGGGGUCGCCGCCGCCGCCGCCGCCGCCGCGGCCGGGACCACGCAGCCCACGGUAAGAAGAAAACAUAACUUACAGACCAUCUUCUGGUAGAAGAUGAUAGAUUUGGAUCAGAAACGGGAGGCAUUGGAAGCCAGGAAUCAAAAGUGAAGAAAUUCUGCAAGCCCUUGGGUGAGAAAGGUUCCUAUCACUGUGACCAUGCCAGAAAUGACAGAGAAUGAGACUCCUACAAAAAAGCAGCACAGAAAGAAAAAUCGGGAGACACACAAUGCAGUGGAGCGGCAUAGAAAGAAGAAAAUCAAUGCUGGGAUAAAUAGAAUAGGAGAGCUGAUCCCAUGCUCCCCUGCGCUGAAACAGAGCAAGAAUAUGAUCCUGGACCAAGCCUUUAAGUACAUAACAGAACUGAAAAGGCAGAACGAUGAACUCCUGCUUAACGGAGGAAAUAAUGAACAAGCUGAAGAAAUUAAAAAGCUCCGUAAACAACUGGAAGAAAUUCAAAAAGAAAAUGGCCGAUAUAUUGAAUUACUAAAAGCAAAUGACAUAUGUUUAUAUGACGACCCCACAAUCCACUGGAAAGGAAAUCUUAAAAACUCAAAGGUCUCUGUUGUUAUUCCCAGUGACCAGGUUCAAAAAAAUAUCAUUGUUUAUUCCAAUGGAAGUCAGCCUGGUGGAAACAGCCAGGGCACAGCUGUUCAGGGGAUUACCUUUAAUGUGGGUCAUAAUUUACAAAAGCAAACUGCCAACGUGGUGCCAGUACAGAGGACUUGCAAUCUUGUGACUCCCGUGUCUAUUUCUGGAGUUUACCCUUCUGAAAACAAGCCAUGGCAUCAGACCACGGUUUCUGCAUUGCCUGCCAACCAGCCUGUUCCUCUUUGUCUUCCUGCUACCAUUUCUGCUCAAAAUAUUCUCGAGCUUUCCACCUCCGAAAGCGAGUCGCGUGUGCGUGGUGCCACCAGUGGCUCACUGAUCGCCGUUCCUGCUGGGCCGGAACCACCCCAGCAUUGCUCAUUGCACACGUGUCUAAAUGACCAAAAUUCUUCUGAAAAUAAGAAUGGGCAAGAAAGCCCCAAAUUACUGAAGAAAACGGUCCCUUGUGCCACGAGCAUCUCCUCCAGCUGCUCAGCAACUGCCACUAAAGGACACCAUGGAAGCAAGUCCUGCCUGAGUGUACAGGAUUGCAGAAGUGAUUUUCAAACCACCUUUGUUGUUUCCGUUACCACCACAGUCUGCUCCCAGCCUCCCAGAUCUGCAGGUGAUUCUUGUCCAGCGAGCAUUAGCAAGGGUGCAGACCUGACAAGUGUUACCGCAGUGGUAGCCCCAUCUGCCCCUGGAGGAGGGAAGACCACCACUCCUGUAAGCACCCUUUCUGCAAACCCUGUGGACAGUGGUUGGACUCUUUCUUGUUCUUUGCCUUCUUCAGCUGUUAGUGCUUCAGAUUUGAAAAACAUUAAUAGCCUUACCCGAAUUUCCUCAGCUGGAAACACGCAGACAACGUGGACUACUUUGCAACUGGCAGGAAACACUAUUCAGCCCUUAAGCCAGACACCAUCUUCUGCUGUGACUCCGGUAUUAAAUGAGUCUUGUACUAGCCCCACCACAACCAACCACAGUAGACGUGUGGCCACAGGCAUCAACUUGAAUAAUUCCUUUCCAGCAGAUGGGCAGCCAGUUGAGCAAGUAGUGGUAACCUUGCCUUCUUGUCCAUCUUUACCUAUGCAGCCACUGAUCACCCAGCCACACGUUAAAUCUCAGCCUCCAAAAAGUAUCCUUCCAUUGAAUUCAGCAAUGCAAGUGAUUCAGAUGGCUCAGCCCGUUGGGUCGGCUGUUAAUGCAGCUCCUGCUAAUCAAAACGUUAUCAUUCUCCAGCCACCCAGCACCACGCCAUGCCCAACGGUGAUGAGGGCAGAGGUUCCCAACCAGACAGUAGGUCAACAGAUAGUAAUCAUACAGGCAGCGAGUCAGAACCGCUUGCCACUCCUGCCCGCUCCACCUCCCGGUUCUGUGCGACUCCCUGCCAAUGGAACCAGUGCCAUCAUCGGGUCUAACAACUCAGUGCAAAAUGUUCCCACCCCACAGACUUUUGGAGGAAAGCACCUUGUCCACAUACUACCAAGACCUUCAUCUUUAUCAGCAUCUAAUUCAACACAAACUUUUUCUGUUACCAUGUCAAACCAACAGCAGCCUCAAACCAUUUCUUUAAAUGGACAGCUCUUUGCUUUGCAGCCUGUGAUGUCUUCAUCAGGAAGUACGAGUCAAACCCCUAUGCAAAUUAUUCAACCCACCACCAGCGAAGAUCCAAAUACCAAUGUUGCCCUGAAUACAUUUGGCGCUUUGGCCAGCCUCAAUCAAAGCAUAUCGCAGAUGGCUGGGCAAAGCUGUGUGCAGUUGUCUGUUAGCCAGCCUGCCAAUCCUCAAACUGCUGCAAAUAGUCAGACUACCCCAGCUAACUGUGUUUCAUUAACGACAACUGUAGCACCUCCCAUGGCAGCAGAGAAUUCAGCCACACGGCCCAGUACUCAUAAUCUAUUGACUACUCCCUCCGUGAACACUGUAGCUUGUUUGCCUAACGUGAAGUCCAAAAGGUUGAAUAAGAAGCCAAGUGUCAAGAAACACUUAGCCACUAAUAAGGCAACCUGCACCCUGAAUCCAGUCAGAGAUGUGGGUAAGUUAGACUGCCCCAGCACCGAAGGCACCACAGAGUCAUCAUGUCACGAUGGACUUCUGGACAGCCUCCCUGGUGUGUUACCAUCUGUCACUAUGUCCCAGGCAAAUAGUGUAAGUGUCCCUGGUUCACAUUCUUUGGAUGUUCUGAAUUCUGAAUCAGUGACGCCUGAGUCGGUACCCAAAUCUAAGUCAGCAGAAGAGUCUAGCUCAUCCUCCCAAGCAUCUGUAACAAGUGAACCUUUUACAGUGGCCCCAGCAAAAUCCAAAGAUUCUCUCCCCAUUUUGCAACGAGAGAUAUCUCAGGAUAAGCCAGCAACUAGUUUGGCAUUGCCAGAUGCUGCCGAACCCUGCACUUCAGCCAACGUGUUGAUUUCGUCUGCGAAUGAUCCCCACAUGUUGGUUUCUCAGGUUUCUGGUUUGUCAUCUACCACGAGCACUGCAAGUACUGACUGUGUUUCGGAGGUAGAAGUUAUUGCUGAACCUUGCAGGGUUGAGCAAGAUUCAGCAGACACAGUGCAAACUGCAGGUCUCUUAAAGGGGCAAGGUUUAACUGCAUUGCUCUCUGGUCUUGCUAAAGAAAAAGACCCUCAGAAAUCAUCUCUUUCAGUCCAGGUGGACCAUCCUGACUUUGCUUCAGAAAAUUCUAAAAUAGUUGAUUCAAGUGUUGAUUUACAUCCCAAACAGGAGCUACUACUGAUGAGCAGUGACGAUAGAGACCCAGGACAGCAUCAUUCCUGCAUCCCUGAUCAGGAGGUUAUUAAUGGUUCUUUGCUCAGCAGUAGGCAGGCUGACUCUCCCAUGUCGACCAGCUCCGGCAGUAGUCGUAGUUUCUCAGUUGCAUCCAUGCUUCCUGAAACAACUAGAGAGGAUGUCACCAGCAAUGCAACGACUAGUACGUGUGACAGCUGUACCUUUGUAGAGCAAACUGAUAUAGUUGCCCUUGCAGCAAGGGCUAUUUUUGACCAGGAGAACCUUGAGAAGGGAAGAGCUGGCACCCAGGCUGAUAUAAGGGAAGUUCCUUCGAAGCCUUCUGAAGCAUCCUCUUUAGAGGGAGACCAGCCUUUCAAAACACAGAUACCUAAAGAGAAUGGCCCAGUACAGGCAGAAGCAACACCAAAUGAAUUUAAUUCUCAGGAUUCAAUUGAAGCAACUGUGGAUAGGCCCCUCGAGAAACCAAGUUGUUCUAUAGGAAUGAAAGCAUCAAAUGCCUCUUUACAGGUUUCAACUUCUCAGCCACCAAGCAUCACCAGUUUAAGUGUGAAUAAUCUUAUCCAUCAGAGCAGCACCAGCCAUCCUCUGGUCAGCUGCACUGGUUUAUCCCAAACUUCAGAGCAAACAGCUGUUCCUGCAACGGUUAAUCUGACGGUGUCAUCUAGCUCCUAUGGCAGUCAGCCUCCUGGAGCAUCCCUGAUGACCGACUACUCCCAAGAACAGCUAAGUACUAUGGCUGGGACCAUACCAAAUCCACAGGUUCAAGAGCCACUCUUAAAGCCAAGUCACGAAAGCCGUAAAGACUCCGCUAAGCGUGCUGUCCAAGAUGACCUUUUACUGUCUUCAGCUAAACGUCAAAAGCAUUGUCAGCCAGCGCCCCUCCGGCUUGAAGGUCUGUCCCUGAUGAGCCGAACUCCAGACGGCAUUUCCGAUCAAACUCAGAUGAUGGUGGGUCAGGUCCCUCCCAACUCUUCAAACUCAGUUGUGCCUGUUAGCAACCCAGCACAUGGAGACGGCCUUACACGAUUAUUUCCACCUAGUAACAACUUUGUGGCCCCUGCGCUGAGGCAAACGGAGGUUCAGUGCAGUUCACAGCCUCCCGUUGCGGAGCAGCAGCAAACCCAGGCCAGCCAACAUCUGCAGGCCCUGCAGCAGCAUGUUCCAGCUCAAGGGGUGCCUCACCUGCAUAGUAACCACCUCUACUUGAAGCAGCAGCAGCAGCAAGCAGGGCAGUUACGAGAGAGGCAUCACUUAUAUCAACUGCAGCAUCACAUCCCUCACGCGGAGACCUCUGUCCACUCUCAGCCCCACAACGUCCACCAACAGAGAAGCCUGCAACAGGAAGUCCAGAUGCAGAAAAAGAGGAAUCUCGUUCAGGGCACACCGGCCUCUCAGCUUUCUUUGCAACCCAAGCACCACGGAACUGACCAGUCCCGACCCAAGAGCGGUCAGCCACACCCCCACCACCCGCAGAUGCAGCAACAGAUGCAGCAACACUUUGGAAGCUCCCAGCCGGAGAAGAGUUGUGAAAACCCUUCCACAAGCCGGAGCCACCAUAACCAUCCCCAGAACCAUCUCAGUCAAGAUAUUAUGCACCAGCAGGAGGUGGGAAGCCGGCAGCAAGGUUCGGGGGUUUCUUCUGAACACGUAUCUGGGCAUAAUCCAAUGCAGAGGCUUUUGACAUCGAGAGGCAUAGAGCAGCAGAUGGUGUCCCAGCCGAGUAUUGUGACGAGACCUUCGGACAUGACCUGUACUCCACACAGGCCGGAGAGAAAUAGAGUUUCAAGUUACUCUGCAGAGGCACUCAUUGGAAAGACAUCUUCUAAUUCGGAGCAGAGAAUGGGUAUAUCGAUUCAGGGUUCCAGAGUUUCAGAUCAGCUUGAAAUGAGAAGCUACCUUGAUGUUCCCAGAAAUAAGAGUUUGGCCAUUCAUAAUAUGCAGGGUCGUGUUGACCAUACCGUUGCCUCAGAUAUCCGCCUUUCUGACUGUCAGACAUUUAAGCCAAGCGGAGCUGGUCAGCAGCCCCAGAGUAAUUUUGAAGUACAAUCUUCAAGAAAUAAUGAAAUAGGUAACCCUGUAUCAUCCUUGAGGAGUAUGCAGUCCCAGGCUUUUCGAAUCAGUCAAAACCCUGGUCCACCACCAAUCGACCGCCAGAAGAGAUUACCUUAUCCACCAGUUCAGGGCAUCCCAACAGGAAAUGCUAUCCCACCAAGGGACAGUGAAAACACAUGUCACCAAAGUUUUAUGCAGAGUUUACUUGCCCCUCACCUGGGUGAUCAGGUCAUUGGGAGCCAGAGAUCACUCUCAGAACAUCAGAGGAAUACACAGUGUGGUCCCUCCUCUGCAAUCGAAUAUAAUUGUCCCCCAGCUCAUGAAAGUGUCCACAUUAGGAGGGAGAGCGAGGGUCAGAAUAGGGAGAGUUGUGACAUGUCCCUGGGCGCAAUUAACACCAGGAACAGCACCUUGAAUAUUCCUUUUUCGAGUUCAUCUUCCUCAGGAGAUAUUCAAGGUCGAAACACAAGUCCCAAUGUUUCUGUACAGAAGUCCAAUCCCAUGAGGAUUACUGACAGUCAUGGGACCAAGGGCCACAUGAACCCUCCAGUCACAACCAACAUACACGGGGUUGCAAGGCCAGCUUUGCCGCAUCCACCUGUGUCUCACGGAAAUGCUGACCAAGGGCCUCCUGUACGUCAAACUAAUUCUUCAGUUCCCCAGCGAUCAAGGCAUCCCUUGCAAGACAGCAGCGGUUCCAAAAUUCGUCAACCUGAAAGAAAUCGCUCUGGAAACCAAAGACAUAGCAAUGUCUUUGAUCCAAGUCUUCCCCACCUUCCUCUGUCUACUACUGGCAGUAUGAUUCUCGGACGCCAACAGCCCACUACAGAAAAGAGAGGAAGUAUUGUGCGUUUCAUGCCGGAUAGCCCACAAGUACCUAAUGAUAAUUCAGCGCCUGACCAGCAUACAUUAUCACAAAAUUUUGGUUUUCCUUUUAUUCCCGAGGGUGGCAUGAAUCCACCAAUAAAUGCUAAUACUUCUUUCAUUCCACAGGUUACUCAGCCUAGUGCCACUCGAACUCCAGCCCUCAUCCCUGUAGAUCCCCAAAAUACUCUCCCCUCCUUCUAUCCCCCAUACUCUCCUGCUCAUCCUACACUGUCCAAUGAUAUUUCAAUCCCAUAUUUUUCUAAUCAAAUGUUCUCAAAUCCUAGCACAGAGAAGGUGAACGGUGGAAGUUUGAAUAACCGAUUUGGAUCAAUUUUAUCUCCUCCCAGACCUGUUGGUUUUGCUCAGCCAAGUUUUCCUCUUCUCCCUGAUAUGCCCCCAAUGCACAUGACCAACUCUCACUUAUCCAAUUUUAAUAUGACAUCUUUGUUUCCAGAAAUAGCUACCGCUCUUCCUGACGGCUCAGCAAUGUCACCUUUGCUUACAAUAGCCAACUCCUCUGCCUCAGACUCUUCCAAGCAGUCCUCAAACAGACCUGCCCACAACAUAAGCCAUAUUUUAGGUCAUGAUUGCAGUUCAGCUGUUUAAAUACCGAUUGACUAAACAUAAAUGUAACGGGUGAGAUUACAAAUGUAUGUGUGUGUGUGUAUUCACACAUACGUGCACAGGAAGAGAAAGAUUGUGUGUGUAUCUCCUUGUAUUUGUGUAAUCAGUUGUCAGUUAUCUUCUGAAUGUAGGGAAGCCAUGUCAGAGAUGAGGCAAGUACUGGGUUGUCAAAAACAAAUUAUCUUUUAUUUUUAAUUGCAUGGUGUGCUUUUUAAAUUUCCCAAGCAGAUUUACAUCUUCAAGUUUGAUCUGUAAUCCGAUAUUCCCUAGAUAUUAAUCGGCUGGAAGUUGGGGGUGAUCAUCUUGCUUUGUCCUGGGUAGUAGGAAAGAACCUAGAUUUUAAACUUGAUUGUUGAUAAUUUGUAAAAUAGAUAGUUGAGAUAAUUGGAUUUGCUCUCCAAAAAUACAGACAGUUCGACAUAACUCAAUGGCUCAUAACCAAAUGCUGGCCAGUGUCAGCAUCUAGAACGGUUUCUUACCCACGGCAGGUGUUGAAUUAAUGUAGAAUGAAUGUCCAUGAUGCAAGUCAAGCAGUUAGCAAACAAAUGAGUUGUUUAGUCAACCUUUAUACCCAAGGUUUGGUUUAGGUAGAGUCUUCUUAAUUAUAACAAUUCAUAAAUUAUCUGAAUGUCAUGUCUUGUUCUCCAAAUUUAGGAGCCAUGUUAUCCUUUAAUGUGCCAAGAUCCUGUAAAGCAAAGGUCUUCCUUAAACAAGUAGCCUUAAAAGUGGAAAGCUAAAAAGCAAAGUACAUAGGUGUUCUCCAUUUUGUACUUGCAUUUUGCAUCAGGCCAUAAAGAUGAAAGCAGUUGUCUUGUGGAAUCUUGCAUGUGUUCAGUUAAAGAUUGUUUCAUUCAUUGAGUUUUGUUGUAGAAUUCUCUCUUCUAUUUAUUUGAUCUUGAAAUAAGUUCUUUUACAUUUGUUUAAUCAUUAGGGCCUGAUUAGUAAAUAGCGUGUUUGUAAUCUACACAGUUAUUUGAGCCUUACUUUUUAAAUAGUUCUGAACAGAGUCUUAAGCUCUGUCAGUAUUUUCAUUAUUGAUAUUUAUAUUUAAAAGAUGGCAUUGUAUAUUGCAUUAUUACCCUUCAUAGAAUUACGAGAAGAUGAAUUUGUUCAUUAUUUUUGCUGAUGGUAGAUGUGAAAUGGUGCUUCAAAAAAAUUCUUUGUAUAUGUCCAUGUGUGUGAGUGUGUAUGUACUCGAACAUAGAUUUUAAGGUCUAAACUGGCUCUUUAAAAAUAGGCCUGCCAUCUGAAAAUGGGGAAUUGGGACCUGGGACCUGCUGAAGUGUAGAAGAACUUGAUGUACAGUUUUUUAAAAGCCCCAGUGAAGUUAAUAAUGAAUUUUAAAAAUAUAUAUUCAAAAUUCAUGUACUGAAUUUUGAAAACUUUAUUAAAAAUUCAGAAAAUGGUUGUAUGUACUCACAUUCUCAAGCCCAUUAUGUUUUGUUGUUGUUAUGUUCUGCCAAAAAUGGGAUGGAGUGGGAGAUAUAAACUCUUCUGUCUGCUCUGUUAACAAAGUGAACCCACGGACCAGCAUGUUUUUUCUCCUUAAAAAACAAAGCCUCCUAAGGCUUGGUUAGAGCAGUUAACUCCAGUGAAUACCUCUACUGAAGACUCAGCAAAAGGGUCACCUGUGCCUCUUCAACUGCUCUCACCAAACUUUCCUGUCUCCUCCCGCUGCCAGCUGAGGCAGCCUCCUGGAGGCAAAAAAAUAUUGAAAACAAGAAAAAUGUCUGUAUUUUCUCUGUUCAAAGUACUCGGAGGGGAGGAAUAGGAGAGCAUCGCGAAUAAGUUACUUAAACAAGACAACAGAUGAACACAGUAGCUAAUAGAGAAAAAAUAUGUGAGGUUUAUGACUUAAAAAAAAAUUAACUGAGUUUUAAGCUUUAACGUUCGAGUUUUUCUUUGUACUUGAAAGGUCCAAUCUACUAAUUUCAAGGACUGUUUUCAGUGUGCUCGCCUAUUUAUUCUCCCUCCCUCCCUCUCUCUUGCUCACCUUGUCUUUCUCUCUCUGUCUCCCUCUCCUCCUCCUGCCACACACACACACACACACACACACACACACCACACCCCCCCACCCACAGUGGCUACUGAGAUCUAUAGGACUGGGGACUGUUAGAAUUGAAACUAAGGUAACAGACUAAGGAAAAGCUCUAUUUGAACAUUCAGUGGAAAGGCCCCAAGCCUGGUACUUGCGGAUAUUUCUCUGUUGCCUUGAUGGUAUUUUUCUGCUCAGUUCUGUUCAGAGAUAGCAUUUACAUUCCUCAGAGCUUUCAUUCCAGGCAUAUAACACUUUGAUCCCAAAAGAGUCUCUAUCCCUAAGUAAGGCUCAUUUGACCAUCUGAGGAAAGAUAUGACCAUCUGCAAAUAAUUGUUCCCUGCUUACAUGUAGCUCUAAUUAUCUUACAGACGUGUAUAUAUGUAAGAGAUCAUUUUAUACACAAACUCAAUUCUGAAAGUGUUCAGAACACAGUAAUCUUACUUGAUUUAUAAGCACGAGUAUAUGAGAUUUACCAUCAGUAUUAAGUAUUUGAUAAUUAGAGCUACGUGAUUUGGGGGAGGAAAUUUAUUAUUUAGUAUCUGAUGAUCUCUGGAUAUAAUUUUUGGCAAAGGAAUGGCAGAGAACAUAGUCAAUUUUGGUUACAGUAAAUUUAAUGUUAUUCAUGGCUUGCUAUAAAGUGUAAAACCAGUUCCACAGAUAAAUGUGUAAUUUCUAGAAAUACACUAACUUAUGUUUGAGUCAUAAGUGAGAGUCACUGAUUAGAUCAUUUCUCUCUUGUAGUGUUAUUGAUCACAUAGAAUCAGUUUCAGAAAGUGGUUGAUUCCUGUAAACAUUUAACACAGUAUCUUCUGAUGAGGUGAAAAUUUUCAGAUUUCUCAUCGUGUGAAAACUUCUAAUGUGUCAAUCAUGGAUAAAAGAAAUCAACUUUGAUGUUAUUUCUUUUUUGGUACAUACAGUUUGUUUCAGGAUGUUUUAUACUGCUCCAGGAAGUUUAUUUUUGUUUUUAUUGUAAGACCUUUGGGGUGUACCAGAGAUUGGCACCCUUUUUCUAAGUAAGGAGUGCGAAUUCCAGAGUGAUCAUGCUUUAUAAAAUGUAAUGUAUCGAAACUGUGGGAAGAGAAGAACGAGGAGGGAAUGUUUUUUUCAGCGAUUUCCGGUUACAUAUCAGGGUGAACUGCAUUGAGCAUCAACUUUUAAAAAUCAGGCUUCUUAAUCUACAAAGUUAUUUAAACAUUUUAAAGGUAAUUCAUUUGCCUUGCUCUUGCCUUCUAAGAUUAGCCAUUUCAUGGAGAGGCUGACAUUUAUACUCCAAAAAAUGUAGAAAUAUAUUUUAAUGGGAGUGAAGUUUUUGAAAUUUGAGAAAGGGUAUCGACUCACUAAUAUUUAUCUUCUUAGCUUUAUCCUUCCUUUGAUACAUAAGUACCUAGGCUCUUAUUUUCUUCCAUCUGCUCCAUGUUAAACAGGUGGCAGGGAAUCUGGUCAUUUCCUUAGCAGGAUGAUUACUCCUCUGCCUUGAAACAUUUAUUGGGUCCAGUGUCUGUUGGAUCAGUGUGUGGCAGGGACUCAUACUCCCAAAUCAGUGGUUGCCAAAUGCCUGGCUUUGGAAACCAUUGUAUCUCCUAUUAAGGGGCAACGAGAAUUUCUCGAAACAAAGUAGUUCAAGAUUGAUUGAAAAUAUUUAAUGUGCCAUAUAGUUCUGUUCCUUGUUUUGGAGAGCUUGGGUUUUUUUCCCCAUGGAGGAGUAAAGAAAGGGCAAAGGUGGUACCAAAAUCAGACAGCUUUGGGUUGAUAUCCUUAGGAACCUGGAAGUCAUUGUUCUAAUUCUACUGUCUCUAAAUCUGCCUUUGCCUGGAGAUAAUCACCUAUGGCUGUGUACUUCCAGAGGGCCAUAAUAAUGUGAUGAUUUUAUGAUACCUUUAUGCAAAUUAAAAGCCAGAAGUUAGUUUCUUCUCUGAUACCUUUUUGGCUGAAUGAUGCCAUUUCUCCUUCCUCCAGAGUUCAACAGGAAAGAGUCCUUUUUUUACUUAACCAUAUUCUCCCUGCAUUCUACACUUCCUGCAUGAGCCUAAGAGUAUUUCUGCUAGAGUCUGUGGGGAACAUCAAGUUCAGAUCGAGGCAAUCCAGAUGUUCUGGGAAGAAGCGUUGAGGACUUUCUUGGACACAGAGCUUCUAGUGGAGCCCGCAUGCCGCUACCCUGAGACUGCACUUUACCUGCAACUGUGCCUCUGGUCCUAGGACCAGCCAUUGGAACACACUGCUCACUCACUCCUCUGUUCCAGCAAAGGACCGGCCGGGAUGGUACAUGCUGUGUAGUCAAACACCUAGAUGACAAGUACAGCUGAUGUUUCUCACUUGUUGCCUUAUCAUUCUCUGAGCCAUCUUUAAUGCCGAUCUUGUAAAAAACUUACUAGUUAGACGCAAGACUCCUUUUAAACUCAGAGCUUGUGUGUGGUAGCCAUUCAGCAUUCUUAUUUCUAGAUUUGCACAAACCCCGUCAACUGUAAUCUUUUUCUGGCGUGUGCACAUGUUCAGAUGCUUCAUAAAUAUGAGCCAACCUGGGUUGAAAAUAUUGGGGAUAAUAUCCAAAUUGGUGUUAUUUUCGAUGACUGCAUAAUCUGUCACUAGGGAUUUCAUGAGACACAGAAGACAACUCUUCACUUUUAAAAAAGAUGAUCAUUAAAUUUUUUUUCUCAGUUGUGUGUACAGCUAUACACCAUAAUAUGUCAUAGGAACUUAAAGUUUACUCCAUGUCAGUCCCCUCUUCACUUUUCUGGACCUCUGUUCCCCCAUCCCUACGUCUUAAAACUGUUUUUCAUCUGUGAGGUCACUGAGGCACUGGAUUUGACUAUGUUGGUAACCUUUAGGGGGAGCUGAACUGUUGAUCUUCCAAGAAGAAAGGGACCAGACAGUGUUGCUUAAAAUGCUGCAGUUGUGUUACUGUGAAGAAAAGAUUUGCUUCCACGUUCAACAGGAGUUUUAUACAUACACAUAUAUAUACACAUAUAUUCAUUUCAGUAAAAGUGGGUGGGAAAAUCUGAGAACAUAGUUACCUUCACAAAUUAUUUAUAGGUACACUGGGUGAGACGCUUACUCUAGGGCAGUCACCAGAAAAAAACCUAACUGUAGUGCUUUCAAUAGUGUAUGUAAUAUUUGUAUCUAUUCCCACGCCAGCAACGUGUGCUGUGCACUGUGUCCUAUUACUGUAAAUCACCUGGUUUAUAAUUCUAAUGGGAACGAAUUUGUUUUGUAAUGGGAUCCAGAGCAGAUAUGUAUAAUACGGUCAGGAUUGUCCUACGGUUGUAAAUAAGAAUAGGUCCCGUUUAUUUUGACAUCUUUUUACAAAUGCAUUGUAUUAGGGUGUGAAUAUUCUGAACCAUGCUCUUGUUUAAAGUUUUGAAAUUUUUAUUGGUAAAUGUAACAUUUUAAUGGUUGUAAUAAU